CCCCAUCUGCCGAGCUGCGUCCAGACACUGCGGAAUCUCCCACCAUCCGGACAACUCCAUACAAGCUCGAAUCGCCUAGUAUAAUGGGUACAUCCGAACCCUACGAAGCUACCUGCCGCAUUUCUUAAAAUCGUUGAAAAUUCAUAGCCUCCUCAGAGGACGGAGACAUAGGGUCGUCUGCUACCAAACUCAACGAAGAGGACCAAGCCGCCCUUCGCAAAUUACUUGACUAGGCGAAACCGUGAACGAUAGCGAGGGUUGCGCAAUACCAAGCAGGCAUCCGCACGUUGUAGUCCUCUUAUAAUGCCUUCGCUCCAAUCCACAGGGCUCCUGCACGUCUGUAGUCACUGACGGACGAUCCUCAUGGAGUUGUACGACUACUGGUUGGCCCUCCUCUCUUCCUAGAGUUACAUGGGAUGCAGGGCCACGUAGUCUUCGCCUACAGGAGUGGAGUACGAUCUUCAGCGGUCUCUUCGCCAGCUUCCUUCCCGGCCUCUCGGGCUUGUCCUCCCCUCCAGACCUCGUUCGCACCAUUAUCCUACACGGGGGACGGUUUUCUUCUAUGUCACUCCCCGUCGCUACUAACUCAGUGGGCCGCCUGCGAAUUGCGCUCCCGCGAAAGGUGCUACAACUGGAGACGCUACUUUUGCAUCGCGGAUGUGGCAGUUCCACCACUGGCACUCACGACAAGCUAUCGCAUGCUCGCUUCCAGUCCCACAUCUCUUCGGAGAACAUGCCUCGCCUUCGCACUCCCAGCGGACCUCCCCGCGCGGUGGGCGCUAUUACCAGCUGAACUAUCAGCGGGUGCGACCCUUACGCAUGCCGGAGCUGGUGUCCGUACAGACAACCCGACUGCGGCUACACUACCCAUGAACCUAAUCUUCUUGGGGCGACGUUCGGCUUCCCGGACCCGUCUGCGCGUGAUGGUAAACAUCGAAGACGAGACUCCAUCCCCGGCCGCCCCGUUGAACCCAUUAUGCUUGCCUCGCCUACGGAAGCUCACGAGUGGGAAGGCGAACUUGAAUCCAGACAGGUGGACGCACGUCUGGCUCUUUGACCUCAAUGUCGCCCUGGGCAUCGACCAGGAUCUAUCGAUUCUCUCCCGCUCGGUGCUCCUCUUACCCUCCAACCUCCCGACGCACCCUGCGCUCCCCUCCAUCACGCUCACCAUCUCACCUCCGACGCUCAGAUGUUGCCUCCACUGCUACGUCGGGGAUGCGCUGCCUCUCGAUCUUUCACCGUAG